UCGGGCCGGGCCCGGCCACCGGGUACUGACCGCUUUGUUUCCUUCACACUAGUUCUCGUGAAUUCGGGGUCACGGCACGAAGCGAAGUACCUCAGCGGCAUUUCUCACUUCUUGGAAAAGCUGGCUUUUUCCUCCACAGCUCGGUUUGUUAGCAAAGAUGAAAUUCUCCUCACCUUGGAAAAGCACGGGGGCAUUUGUGACUGCCAGGCAUCAAGGGACACAAUAAUGUAUGCCGUUUCUGCUGACGCCAAAGGCCUGGACACAGUGGUCAAUUUGCUGGCUGAUGUAGUGCUACAGCCCAGGUUAUCAGAUGAAGAAAUUGAGAUGACUCGAAUGGCUAUACGAUUUGAGCUUGAAGAUUUGAAUAUGAGACCUGAUCCGGAGCCUCUACUCACGGAAAUGAUCCAUGCGGCAGCCUACAGAGAAAAUACAGUUGGACUCAACAGGUUCUGCCCAGUAGAAAACACUGACAAAAUUGAUCGGGAAGUCCUCCAUUCGUACCUGCGCAACUACUAUACGCCGGACAGGAUGGUGCUGGCUGGGGUGGGGAUCGAGCACGAGCAGUUAGUGGAGUGUGCCAAGAAGUAUCUGCUUGGAGUAGAGCCAGCGUGGGGUAGCGGAAAGACCAAGGACGUUGACAGAUCUGUGGCUCAGUACACAGGAGGCAUUGUCAAGGUUGAAAAAGAUAUGUCAGAUGUGAGCCUGGGCCCUACUCCAAUCCCAGAGCUUACCCACAUCAUGAUUGGGCUAGAAAGCUGCUCAUUUUUAGAGGAAGAUUUCAUUCCCUUUGCAGUAUUAAACAUGAUGAUGGGAGGUGGCGGCUCUUUUUCAGCUGGAGGGCCUGGCAAGGGCAUGUUCACCCGACUCUAUCUCAAUGUACUCAACAGGCACCACUGGAUGUAUAAUGCAACCUCCUACCAUCACAGUUAUGAAGAUACAGGUCUCCUGUGUAUUCAUGCCAGUGCAGAUCCAAAACAGGUUCGGGAGAUGGUGGAAAUCAUUACAAGAGAAUUCAUUCUAAUGGCAGGAGCAGUGGGAGAGGUAGAACUUGAGCGAGCAAAGACGCAACUGAAAUCCAUGCUCAUGAUGAACCUUGAGUCUCGGCCAGUUAUCUUUGAAGAUGUGGGAAGGCAAGUGUUGGCAACAAACACAAGGAAACUACCUCAUGAGCUCUGCACGCUCAUCAGUGAUGUGAAAUCUACUGACAUCAAGAGAGUGGUCACUAAGAUGCUUCGUAACAAACCAGCUGUGGCUGCACUGGGUGACUUAACAGAUUUGCCCACCUAUGAACACAUCCAGGCAGCACUUUCCAGUAAGGAUGGGCGACUCCCUCGGAUGUAUCGGCUCUUUCGAUAAAUCAGUGCAUAUUGCAGAUAUCUAUGACAGACUACUUUUUUUUUUUUUUAUAAACAUUUGUUGGAUUAUAACAUUGCUGCAAAACCGCCCAUACCUUUCCAGGCAUAGUGUGCAAACAUGGGAGUAAGCUACAGCUGAACAAAACUGCUUCACAAGAUUGGACUGCGACGAGCUCAUUAUGUUGUGGGCUUAUAAGCCAUCCUGGCUCUGGAGGAGUUAUUUUUCACCUUCUGAGUAGAUUUAUGGCAGAAGAUGGCUGUAUGCAGCCUUUUCUUGGCAUUGGGGAGAACACAGCAAGGCAGAAUAUUCAUCACUAGCGGAAAGCAUGUAGCUGAGAAGGAAUAAGUGUGUUACCACUUAAUCAUAGUGCAAGACCAGCCUUUUCGGCAGCACAGGCAGGGCUGCCAGCGUGGAGGCACCUGUGUGUGCCAUUUUUGAGGUAUGUGGCAGCCUGCCCUUCCCUCCAUUGUGGCCACAGCACCUGUGCAGGGCAGACAGUUGGCCAUGUUGGCUGGCAGUGGGCCGGAUGGGAUUAAACUACAGGCGCCUUCAGGCUAGGCUGCUCUGGUAAAGGCACAGAGCGUGUUCACGUUAGCUUUCCUUCAUAAGGCUGAUGGUGACAAUCCAAAUCUACCACAUUUGUUAGUUAAAACAUUGAUUUAGAGACGUUCGGUUUGACAAGUCAGUUGGCCUCCAGUGACAUACACUGGGAGCCCGCAGCCUUAUGCGGGCAUAGGAAGACUGAAAAUGCUGUUAAAGGGUCUGGCUUACAUAUGUGAUUUCAAAGAAUAUUUAUAGCUAUUACCAAGGUGGACAAAUAUUUGGUCGAAAUGAAUUUGGAAAAUAUUAGUUAUUAUCCCUGUGCACUUAGGCAACAAGUUUUCUGCAUUCUAUUUUUUUGUUAGAAGAAUCAUGGAUCGUUUCGUCAGUGUAACUUACCUUCUGUAAUACUCUUUGAAAUAACGUGUCUGGAAAGAGCUUGAUAAUUUUGCUAGAAAGAGCUCAAAGGAAAGUAGACCUAGAGCGAAAACAGUUUCUGGGAAAUCCAUUUAUGGAGCUAGUCUUCCUAACUCUAUGUGGAUAUUUAUUCUAGAAUGAAAGCAAUCCUAUUCUUUAGAUUAUUUCACUUGCAAGCGGAUUAUGCUAAAGAAUAAAGUGCUUUUACUCCAGAAUUGGCAUCCAAACAAGAAGUUAUUAAAGGAGAUGCUGCUGCACCUUAAAUUCAUACUCUCCCUUUCUUCAAAUUGUUAUUCAGGUGAACAUCUGCAAAAAAAGGCCUUGUAAACAAAAGACAUAGCUCUGUCUUUGCUGUGAGACUGACAGUUUAGUUAGGAGUCAAGAUCAACAAAGUGAGGAUGGAAAGAUGAUAAAGUGGUUGACUCUUGGGAAAAACUAGGAUGCUGCCGCAUUACAGAAAGAGACGUGAAGCUAAGUGAAACACACUUGACAUUACUGGAGCCACUGUGGCCCGUAAGAGCUGAUUUACCUAAUCCCCUACCAUAUACGCUUAAAAAAACGUAGGCUGCUGCACUGCAGCAAUUCACUGGCUUGGUACGUCUUUUAAGGAGCAAUCAAACUGGGAGCAGAACACUAUGAGGCAGCUACUGUCUGCUUUAUCCCCGUAACUUCCCUCCUGCAACUGGAAGAAAAGAUGUUGCGUUGCUUCUUAUGGACCCCACACUAUGGACGUCUGUAGAUGCCUCUGUCCUAUUCAGUUGUUGUGUACGUUUGUAAAGAAAAUAAAGAGACUUUUAAAUGACUGGAGCAAGUAA